CCUAUCUCGAAACACCAUCUUAUCAACGAAUAAAAAACAACAAGAUGGCAGAUUUAUCCCGCUGGGGUAUCCAACCCCCCCAAAAUCCACAGUUACUAUCGUGGGAGACUGCGAAGGGCGACCUCGAGCAUUUUCUUGGAUCAAACCACAAUGAGGCAUCAGCCGCCCGACUUGCACACAUCGAAGGCCCGCAUGGCUCAGGAAAGAGCACCGGAAUGAUAGAAUUCAUCUGGGAGAAGACCCAUGCCUCCGACCACGACAAUGUGGCCAUCUACGUGCCGGCAUUCGGCCUUGAAGCUUUGAUGCUUUCUGCCUACUUCCAGACGAAAGCGUCGCCACACCAGAAGCUAAAGCAAAAUAUCUGCGUCGGCCUUGAGAAACUCGAGUCAAAGCUCCACCUAGCAACUGCUGCCCAACUCCGUACCGCUCUCCGCGGUGUACUUCGCACGGGUACGCCCCGUCGGGUCGUUCUCUUGAUGGACCUAGAACUGUCCCCCACAGCCGACGGCGAGCUCCUCCUCUCCGAGCUGGUAAAGUGGCAUCGAGGACUAACACUCAACUGUGACCUUACUCUAAUCACCAUGGCUUCGUUUACGCGUCCGCCUGUGCACAAGUUUUUGGAGGCCUGGCUGAAUACAAAAUGCCGGCAUAUUACCUUCGCCUCCCCCCACACACCAGUUCUAACCAGCAAAAACUUACCGUUAAGUACCAUCUGGUGGCAGGAGAGCGACAAGAAUCUUCCCACACUAAUCUUAGGUGCACUGCGUGCCGGGAUUCCCGACACCCCAGAGUUGUACUACAGCCUACAGGAGGCGUUCGAUGUGGCGAAUGAAAUGAAGAGUAUGAGAUCUCGCAUGGAAGACUUGGAUGGUGCCGUAGCUGCCGCGGAAGCUACUGAGAUUAUUGACCGGUUUUCUCUCACGACAGAAGGCUGUCCCUUAGGCCCGUGUGUCGUGGUGAUUCAAAAUGAUCAGAAUACCUUCGGCAUCAGCAAGAUGCUGUACGAGAAUCCUAAUUUCGCCAAUGUCGUCCAAUUCCAAGUUUCGCCGGACAUGACAUUAGGAGAUUGGCUAGAAGCGAUUAUAUAUCCCGGCCCCAAGGUAGUCUACAUCGAACCCGGCGUCCCCGUCGUAUUAUACCUCCCAAGGGUUACGGCCAUACUGUCCCUCUCUACUUGUUAUAGUAAGACAUUUGACCCUGAGACCUGUGCGCUCAUCUGGACGAACACGCCCAAAUCACGUAUGGAGCUUCUCAAAGAGCAGUCAUAUGCGAGAAAGACCUGCGCCCCCCGGAUCCCCACACCCGUGAAGUUUUACUGUGUCGACAAGGAUGACGGCCGCUUUUCGAGUGCCAACUUCGACGAAUGGACUCUAGCCCCCCUAGCCCCCGCAUACGAAGACCAGUUCAUGCGCUUAUGCUUCGAGGUCUGCGUCCCGUGGCCGGACGAUAAAGACCCUCUAGUUCCGCUCCCUGCGGUGUCCAGCAUCGAGCACAUGGGAAGCGUAUGGAAAAGCCUCAUCAACAUGGGUUGCUUGAGCCACUUUCCGAGUGGGAGUAAUCGGCCCGUGCUUAAUGGGCCUCGAGCAAAGCGGACUUUGGACUUUUUAGAUUCCAAGUACAACGAUUUCGGGACCGUCCCUUUGGCUUUCCUACUGGCAGGCAUCCAUGAUGCCGAAUCUGACGCGACGAAGCGGGUGAUAAUUAGGAUCGCCUCAAUUAUAAGCGAAGACACAGGCGCCGUGUACUUUUCGGAGCUGCUCGAGGGCAAACGUAAGGAGAUCGAGCUAUCAACCAACUCUCGGGUAGCACGUAAAGACGCUAUCAUGGAUAUUCACGAGAUCAUGGCUUGGGAAUGCGUAGGAAUAGGAAAGCAGGAGCUCGAUCGCGGUGCCAUGUGGAUGAUACUCGGAUUGUUCCUCAGGGCGGAAGUAUCCCAAGUCAAAGGCAAAGACUUGGGGGCGGAAGAAAAAGGUUGCGACGCGGGUAUCGAUCUCGAAGCGUUCCCUAUCAUCCUCGAAAAGGUCCGCGAGCUAGAAUCCAUACACGGCAUCGAGCUGUCCGAAGAUCCCAUCCGAGACACGACACUGAGCCCAGACGAAGUGAGUUACGUUUCAAAUGACCUGAUGAAGGCCUGGUCGUCCCAGAUUGUCUACUUCAAACGCAAGUCAGGGAUGGCCUGUCACGAUCUUACGUCAUUCAGAGAGGUACAACUAGGCGGAUUCCCCUAUAUGAAUGCAUACGAGUUGUUCGAUAGAGAUACCUCUCCAGACAACGAUAUGGUUUUUGCAUUCUACACGGACCAGAUCAUCUCAGAUGGUUAUGGCUGGGUAUUUAACCUAACCCGAGUCCCUACUCGAUCGCUUGUUGAAUGGAACGAAAAAGUUGCCCUUGCCGAAGGAAAUUAUACGGGAGCAAACUAA